UGGGUCACAGAGUCAUUCAGAUGUAAAGUGGUUUCCAGUUUUACCCAUUGAAAGAACUGGUGGUGGCAGUAAUACCUUAAUCGUAACAGAUGUGAUUAUAAUUCUAUAUUUACAGAUUAAUCUACAUUUUGUUUACGACAGUGGUGGCGGCGGUGGUGCUGCUUUUCCAGUUUCACGUUACUUUAAAGGGUUGUUUGUAUAACCUCCAAUUUUUUUUGCAGCUACGGUUCCACAGGACGUUGUCGUAGUACAUUUUUAUUGCAUAGACAGUUGGUUUUAAAUUCUCAUAUUCCUUUAAAUAAGAUUUUUGCUUGUAUAAUAUCUUAUUAUUUGUAAAAGGUAGUUUUUAUUUUCUACAGGGUAUAUUUUCCUGUACUUUGUAGUUUUGCGGGCCUGUUGCUAUAUAAAAUCUCACCAUAUCCCGCAUUCUUCCCCCCCCCCCCCCUUUUGGAGCUACAGAGUGUGGUCGGAGGGUUGCUUACAUCUACGCGCUGCUGACCUUUGACCGCGUUGGCACAACGUCAGCGGUCACUAGGCGAGCGGCCCUACCGAGACCUUGGGCAUGAGGGACGGGGUACCGGGGUAUCUGGGUGAGGGGAGCGGCGCGGCCGGGGUGGAUCGGUGGUGUGACCGGUGACGUCAGAGCAGACUGCCCGGGCAGUGUCACGGGGUGUCGCGGGACAGCGCGGUCAGGCGGAGCAUUCCGUGACGUCACGGGCGAGGAGGUCGCGCGGGAGUGCCUCCAGGGCGGUGCGGUGUUGCCGUUUGCAACUCGGUGUCUGAUUUUAGUUUUCGUGUUGUUGUUUUCUUCGGGUGUUUGUCAAAUUUUCGCACAUGGACGAGAGUGGGCUGAGGAAUGUUUUAGGAAGGGCGGCAGAGGAUUUAAUUAAUUUUCUGUUCCCUACUGGAACUCGCUCUACUUCGGAAAGGGUAUCCUUGUUGGAAGGGCGAGUGCCAGCUGCUAUAGAUGAUAUUCUCGCUACAGUAAACAAGGAAGGCCUGGUGCCAGUGACCGAUUUACCAGAGAUUCUGGAUAAUUUUGUUCGUGUACUAUUGCAGGGCACGGGGACAGAUAUCGAAGGCGCGACAGGGUAUGCAGAGCCCGGCAAAGGGAGAUGUUAAAGCUGGGAGGCAAACGAUGGGUCUGGCAUCAUCUUUGUCCCCCGGGGGAAAGCAACUUAUGGGUAGGGCACAGUCGGUUACGGGUGGAGGAGAUGUACAAUAAGCUGAUAGCUCUACCAUUUGCCUGUAGUGUCACAAUGGGGGCCACGCCAUGAAUGAUUGUACCGCUCUAAUUAGGAUGUUAAGGAGGGUAAGAUCGGUCGGCGGCCCCAGGCUCAGGUUAAGUGUGCAUAUUGUCACGGUGUUGAGGCUUGCUCAGUUUUUCAGAGUGAUCUGCAAGGAUACCGUGGAGAGCAACAGGCCAGUGGUACUCGGGGGGCAUCACCGGACAGAGGGAUGGUCGCCGGAUCGAGGGACAGGAGGCCAGGUAGUAUGUUAUGUUUUUACUGCCAGCGGCCAGGUCACAUGAAGUUACACUGUCCAUUGCGUCUGCAGAAGAAAGAGGGGGGUCAGGGCUCCCCACCUCCGUAUUCAAAAAACGGGGGGAGAAAGGGGAACAAUUAGAUGUUUUCCCUUGUGUAGCUCCUCAUAGUACAGGUGAAGGGGCUCUGGCUAGGGCAGCAGUUUCUCCUUUAGGAGAAGGGAGAGUUAUCACUGUACAGUCUUUUGGUACAGGGUUACUGUUGUUUGACUUAGUAGUUUUUGGUGAACAAACGAAGGUCGUGUUUGAUACGGCAGGGGAGUGUUCACUAGUUUGUAGUAGUUUUCUACAGGGAAGGAAAUUAGAGGUAAGAGAUUCCGAUCUUAAGGUCAGAUGGGGUGGUGUCACUGACAUAGGCCAAAGAGGGGAUGUUGAUAUUCCACUGGAGUUUGGGCCAGUCAAGGUAAAGCAUUCAUUUUUAGUGGCGGAUUCAUGGAAUCUGCCAGGGAAGCUGUUGUUAGGAUGUGAUUUUAUUAGGACACAUCAGGUAGUAUUUGUUAACCAUCCACCUCAACCCAUCCAACUGUCGAUCGAGGGUCAACAGGUGGAUGUGGUAUGGAGUCCCGAGGCAGGCUCAAUUGCUACCGAGGCUUGCGGUUGUAGGGGGCCCCCUACAACCAGUCCGGGGAGACCGACACCGACUACGCCUGGUGCGUCGGUCCCUGGGGAGGUAGCAGGAGCAGACCAAAGGGUACUCAUAAAUGAGGAGGAGGACACUGGAUAUAGUGGGGUAGCUACCUUAAGAGAGAGCCAGAUUUUAGAGGCACAUUCGUGUGGGGUGUUAGAGUUAGAACUCGGUGGGGAUGGAGAGGUUCCGGGAAGGAUAGGUUCCAUGCUGUUUAUACCACGGGAGUUCGCUGGCUUAAGACUUUCGGAGGGGGUAGUCGGGAUACGACGGUCCGGAAAUAGUCUUUGGUUCAGGGUUCCUUAUGCAGUGGAGGAGGAUUUUCCGGUUGAGGUAGAGUCAACGGUCUGCAUAGGGGACGUCGUCGAGUUGCAAAAACGUCAACUUGACGAGGACAUAGUUGCGAUAGGAGCUGUCAAGGCUAGCAUAAGUACUACAGACUCAAAGGUAGUUAGGUUGCUAGAGGAGGUAGAUAGCUGGUUCGCAAGGGGUUCCAAGGAACAUGACAUGUUGUCAGGGUUAGUUCGAGAGGGGGUAGUCGGGAUACGACGGUCCGGAAAUAGUCUUUGGGUCAGGGUUCCUUAUGCAGUGGAGGAGGAUUUUCCGGUUGAGGUAGAGUCAACGGUCUGCAUAGGGGACGUCGUCGAGUUGCAAAAACGUCAACUUGACGAGGACAUAGUUGCGAUAGGAGCUGUCAAGGCUAGCAUAAGUACUACAGACUCAAAGGUAGUUAGGUUGCUAGAGGAGGUAGAUAGCUGGUUCGCAAGGGGUUCCAAGGAACAUGACAUGUUGUCAGGGUUAGUUCGAGAGUUUCCAAGAGUGUUUUCUCUGGAUGACGAACCACUGGAAAUCUCUGAUCAGUUUUUCCAUGAGAUUAGGGCAGAAGGACCACCUAUCUAUAAGAAGUCAUAUCCGAUCCCUUUAAAGUAUAGGGAAGAGAUUAGGCGCCAGAUCGAGGAUAUGAUGUCGCAAGGGGUGAUUUCACCGUCGUGGUCUCCUUAUAACAGUCCAUUGGUACCAGUCCGGAAGAAAGACGGAAGUCUAAGGCUGUGCUUGGAUUUUAGAUUGUUAAAUGAGGUAAUUCAAGAUGAUAGUUAUCCGUUGCCACACAUAGUUACGGUCUUACAACUUUAAA